UGCUUGAGGUGAGUUUACCCGUAUGAGGCGGGUGAGAGGCCCGGGGCCUACUCAGAGGAGCGGGCGGGCGCCGGGCAGCAGCGGCCCCCCCUGGUCCCCGGGCCCGAAGGCGCGGCGGCGGCUCGGCGCGAGGAGGCGGGGAGCGCUGUUCGGCCCCAGACAUGGAGGGCAUGGACGUGGACCUGGACCCCGAGCUGAUGCAGAAGUUCAGCUGUCUGGGCACCACCGACAAGGACGUGCUCAUCUCCGAGUUCCAGCGGCUGCUCGGCUUCCAGCUCAACCCGGCCGGCUGCGCCUUCUUCCUGGACAUGACCAACUGGAACCUACAAGCAGCAAUUGGCGCCUAUUAUGACUUCGAGAGCCCAAACAUCAGUAUGCCCUCUAUGUCUUUUGUUGAAGAUGUCACCAUCGGAGAAGGGGAGUCGAUACCUCCUGAUACUCAGUUUAUAAAAACAUGGCGGAUCCAGAAUUCUGGGGCAGAGGCCUGGCCUCCAGGGGUUUGUCUUAAAUAUGUCGGGGGAGACCAGUUUGGACAUGUGAACAUGGUGAUGGUGAGAUCACUAGAGCCCCAAGAGGUUGCAGACGUCAGCGUCCAGAUGUGCAGCCCCAGCAGAGCCGGAAUGUAUCAGGGACAGUGGCGGAUGUGCACUGCUACGGGACUCUACUAUGGAGAUGUCAUCUGGGUGAUUCUCAGUGUGGAGGUGGGUGGACUUUUAGGAGUAACGCAGCAGCUGUCAUCUUUCGAAACGGAGUUCAACACACAGCCACAUCGCAAGGUAGAAGGAAACUUCAACCCGUUUGCCUCUCCCCAAAAGAACCGACAAUCAGAUGAAAACAACUUAAAAGACCCUGGGGGUUCCGAGUUCGACUCAAUCAGCAAAAACACAUGGGCUCCUGCUCCUGACCAAACCGAGCAAGAUGAGAAUAGACUCUCACAGAACUCUGUAAAUCUGUCCCCCAGCAGUCACGCAAACAACUUAUCAGUAGUGACUUACAGUAAGGGGCUCCACGGGCCUUACCCCUUCGGCCAGUCUUAAACGGGUGUCAGCAAGAAGAAAAAUUAACAAAAGACAGAAGGUCUGACUUUGGUGGGGGGCGGGCAAGGGGUUCCUCAGGAUUGCAGACCACAUCGCACGGACCUCUGGCUCUGACCGUCCAUCCCGGAAGAAGAGGAAGAAGCAGAACAGACUAGUUUUGAGUAAACUCAGUGUGCAUGUGUGAAUGCUGAAUCGCUGGAGUGGUGUUGAGGCUACCAAGAAGAAAUCCAUGCAGCCACCUUGGGUUUUAUUAGGCGUCAGUCUAAUAAGUCAUUAGGUCACUCGGGAAGGGGAAAAAAAGCUUAAAAUGGGGGAAAAAAGCCAUCUUUUUAAACAAAAAUUAUUUUGCCUACAGACAGGUUGUAGUUUUGAGCACAUGUUAAUUUUCCCCCUCUUUCCGCACUUUUAUUUUAUUUCUUUUUAGAUAAGGGAUAACAUACUCUUUAUAGAAUAGCUGCUUGCUCUGGGAGCGAUUCAGGUUCAAAGCUGGUGUGGUGUGUGUGGGGCUCUGUAGGCAGUGCUGCAGGAGGGCGUCAGCUGUGCCACGUGACCCAGGAGUCUAAUGGCAUCAGCCAUUGAGCCAUCGCCCUUUUCCUCUUCUUUCUCUUUAGUCUUUUGUUGAUUUAUACCUUUGACAUUUGUAUUCAUCAACCCUGCGGCUUGUUACCAUCAGAACCUCUCUGAAAGACCAAACUUCCCUGUGUGCCCGCAGAGGAAGCCUUGAGGACGGAUCUCGGGUGGCGUGGGAGUUUCUGAGGCUGAGAGGUCUUCUGCACACACUUGUAACAGUUCAGAUUGCUUUCUCCCAUGCUUCUCCUGGCACAAAGGCCAUCAUACUUGCUGCUUUUUGGCUUCUUCAUCCACAGUGGCUCCCCGUUCAUUCUGUGCUGCGUUUAUGCGUGUGCCACGUGCACAGGGUGUGGGUGAGCUCACCAGCGAGUGUGAAGUGAAGGUCCCAUUCUUCUCUGUUGUCACACAACUCCCUUCCCUGUGUUUCCUCUCAGUUGUCUUUUGUGGUGUUCUUGCAGCCUGUUAGUGGGGGCUGAGCCUUUAAGGUAUGAAAAUACAGCCACAAGUGGGGAAUUGCCAUGGGGAAGCGCCAGAGUUGCUCUGUGAUCUUGGAGACCACAUUUUGAUGGAAAUGAGAGGACCCCAUCCUGAGCAGGAUGCCUGGUUGUUGGGAGGUGGUGGGACCGGCCCACCCAGCCAGAGCAGAGUGGCUGGCUGCUCCCUUGGGCAGGUGGCCCCACUGGCAUCCUGUGGAUUCUGAGCAGGUUGAGAUGUGCGUAUCUCUGUGGGAGGCUUGAACCAGGCUAGAACAGCUGUCUGCCAAAGAUACAAGAAUAUGCAAAGUCCCUCUUCUCUUCUCACCCCCUCCUUCCCUCGAGUGUUGGUUGGUUUGAUAGCCAGGAGGUAUGGAUCUAGGAUCAAGGGUGCGGUUGCCUGCCUGUUACCACACCCCAAGCGUGCGAGUCAAGGAAGGAGACCAGGUGAUGAGUGGCUGCAAGGGGUCAUAUAGCCUUGAUGUGGGUGAGGGUCUGCCUGCCUGUCUGUCUCUGUCUGGGUGUGUGAGUUCCAAAAAUGUGUGUUGUUUGUUCCUCCUCCUCCUCUUCUGAGACUGUUUUUUAAAAGCUUGAUUGUGGGAGAUAAGCUUGUAUGAAAUUACCCUUUUGCCUCCCCACCUCCCAAGAAUUAAAAGGGGGGGUAGAUUUUUGUCCACUGGAGAAGCCCUAGGGGAGAGUGGAGACAGCCUGCUGAGCAGGGCAGUACAGCUGGGGCGGGGGCUGGGCUGUAGCACCAACUUGUGCACAUGAAGGGUGCCCCAUUCCUGAGUGGAGAACCUGUCAGGUGCCCAAGCCAGGGGCUCACAAUGGCUUUUUGGCUGAGGGCGCUAUUGGGCCCAGACUGCCGCUACUGUUGGUGCCAACCUCCUGGGACACUGCCACCCUGGAGCCCACCCAUGCCCAGCAUUCUCCUCAUUUGAGAGCUCUCAAAGCAGCACAUCUCCAGCUGCCCCUGGCAGGAUCAUGGGGGCUUCCAUCCCCUGAUUUCCUGGCUUCCUCAUCUGCUGCACGCAAGGUGCCCCUUCACCAUUUCCCAGGAGGUAUGGCCUGCGGUUGUUCAGCAGAGGCGUCCUGCUCCUCUUGCUUAUAGGCAACCCGACCUGGCAAGGAAACUGUCCCAAGCACGCUGGCUUCCCUCCCAAGAACAAACCAUUUCUGUACACAUCCUCGCAGAGGGUCAGAGCAAGGGCAAGCCAUGGAGUGGGGCAGGGCGUCCACUGCUCCCUAGCACCAGGGGGCUAGCAGUGCCAUUCAUUCGGCCUCCUCCCACUGGUUUGAGGGCUGAGCAAUGCCUAGAGCCCCUCCUCCGCUGCUCAUAGCUCCUGCUCCUCUUCACCAAGCAGCAGCUGCCAGUGGGCAGGACCACCAGUGUCGUACCCACGGGGUGAGACCGGCACCAUCUUUAGGGGCCUGAGCAGUGUGGGAGGCAGAAGGGCUGAGGCUUGGGAAGAGUCCGUCUGUGUGCAUGGAGUGAGGUGUGUGUGGAUGUGUGUGCACGCGUGCAUGCUUUUUUUUUCUUUCUGUCACGGGGACAGUUGAAUUCGGGGCAUUUUUCUACAAGAAACAGACAUCUCUCCCUCCGCAAGGACUGGCUGUAAACUUGAAGCCCAUCAAAGGCAAUUCCAACCUAGAAAAAACCUAAGCAAGACAGCUGGUGUGGCCUGAGGGUGGCCAAGGUGGGAAAUGGGCAUGAGAAUAAAUACCUCCCCAAAUUCAAUCUGAGCCCCAGCAGGAGAGGAUGGUGGGGUUGCCAGGGCUCAGAAAAGCAAGCUGAUCCUCAACCCCACCCUGCCUUGCCUUUCCUUUGUUUCUGUGGGUGAAUGCUGGAGCGGCGAUGGCUGCCCUCCACCUGAACAGUGGUGUGUAGUGAGCAAGCUGGGUGGGUGUUUGUAGUGGGGCUUUGUGGUGCCUGGGAGGAGAUGAAGAUGAGGAGGUUUUUCCUUACUGUAUAAAUGAAUAUUUGUAUGAUUAAAUUAACACACCAAAAAAUGUC